GGAUUGGAACAGUCAUUCUACAAGCUACGAAAAGCAUGUGGUGCACAUUAGGUCAGGGACAGGGAGAGUGGGGUGAAGCUGUUAGAUCGUCGUGGUUAUAAAUUCUCUUUCCCAUCUUCAUUGUGAUAUCUGUAUAUCAUUGUCCUCCUACAAGCAUCUUUAAUUUCCAGGUCGCAUCCGUGCGCAUACGUCCGCCUUUGUUCAUUGUCCGUGAAACCUCUACGUGAAGCGGACUGACUGUCGACCAUCAUCACCAUCAUGACUCGAACGCUCCGUCUUGGUGCCGUUCAAGCCGAGCCUGUUUGGCAAGAUCUCGAGGCUGCUGUGGAGAAAACGAUCUUGUUGAUCAAGGAAGCAAGCGAAAAGGGUGUCCAUGUCCUUGGUUUCCCAGAGGUCUGGAUUACCGGAUAUCCAUGGGCCAUAUGGUCUCGGCCUGCUGUACACAACGCAAUGUUUGCGGAAAAGUAUAUCGCGAACUCAAUGGGGAGAGAUUCUCCCGAAAUGAAAAGAAUCCAAACCGCCUGCAAAGAGGCCCAGAUCUUCGUCAUCCUCGGGUACAGUGAGAGAGAGGGACAGAGCAUCUACAUCACGCAGUCUUUCAUCUCCCCUGCCGGCGAGAUUCUACACACCCGUCGAAAAAUCAAGCCGACCCACGUCGAACGAUCGCUUUGGGGUGACGGUCAAGGAGACUCACUUACCACCGUUGUUACGACACCAUCCUCGCAGCUCCCACUAGACUCUCCACUCGAAAACAUGAAAAUCGGCGGCUUGAACUGCUGGGAAAAUAUCCAGCCCCUUCUGCGUUACUACUGCUACUCUCAGGGAGUGCAAGUCCACGUUGCUGGGUGGCCUCCGUUUCCGGCGCACCCAAGGGACUGCGAAAUCCCAACUCCUUACCAUAACACCGCCGAAGCCAAUUAUCGUAUCUCUCAGAAUGCGGCGAUGGAAGGCCAGAUGUUCGUCAUCUGUACCACUCAAGUGCUCACCGAGAAGUACCACGAACUGCUCGGCCUCAAAGACCUAGGCUUGUUCCCCCGUACUGGAGGUGCUGGCGGCUUCGCUAUGAUCUUCGGGCCAGACGGUUCGGAAUUGGUGGAGCCAUUGCCACCGGGCGAGGAGGGCAUUUUGGUGGCUGAGAUUCCAGACUAUGAACAGAAGAUUCGUUUGGCCAAGCACAUGUGCGACCCCGUAGGGCAGUACUCGCGCCCUGAUAUGUUGUCUUUGAGAGUCAAUCCUGUCAAGGCUGAGUGCGUCACCUUUACCUCGCCAAGGGAGAUGAAGGAUGUAAAGGGGGUUAUCUAAGCAAGGACGCGCCGAGACACACCUAGAGACCAAGAUUACGAAUGGCUGUUCCCCUGCUAUUGUUUUUACUUUUCUCGAUAGGAGCGGAUGCCCAGACAACAAGAUACUGAAUUAUAUUGGUAAAGCCAACCGCCGCAGGUGACAGCAAACGAAUUCUGAAUGUCUGUAGUGCCGGUAGUCUAGGUGACAAUUCUGUACAUUUCUGUAG